AUGAGCGAGAAGCCGAACUACAUCCUCAAGUAUACGCUGCAGGGCCACAAGAAGGCCAUCUCCAGCGUCAAAUUUUCUACUGAUGGCAACUGGCUGGCGAGUGCCUCGGCCGAUAAAACCAUCAAAAUCUGGAAUGCGCUUGAUGGGCGAUUCGAACAAACUUUGGAGGACAAGAACAAAGGCAUAUCGGAUGUGUCCUGGUCGUCUGACUCAAGGUACCUCUGUUCGGGCUCAGACGACACCACCAUCAAGAUCUGGGACGUCGGCACGGGCAAGUGUCUGCGAACGCUGGAGGGACACACGAGCUAUGUAUUUUGUGUAAAUUUCAAUCCACAGUCGAACCUCAUCGUCAGCGGCUCGUUCGACGAGAGCGUGCGACUAUGGGACGUGCGAGAAGGCAAAUGCCUCAAGACUCUGCCGGCGCACUCGGAUCCUGUCACGUCGGUCCACUUCAACAGAGAUGGCACCCUCAUCGUGUCGAGCAGCUACGACGGCCUCUGUCGUAUUUGGGAUACCGCCACUGGCCAGUGCCUUAAGACGCUGAUCGACGAGGACAACCCGCCAGUUUCGUUCGUCAAGUUCUCGCCCAACGGCAAGUUCAUUCUGGUGGGCACGCUCAAUAACACCAUCUCGCUGUGGAACUACUCCACAGGCAAGUGCCUCAAGACCUACACGGGACACGUCAACGAGAAGUACUGCAUCUUCUCCAGCUUUUCCGUCACCGGAGGCAAAUGGAUCGUCUCAGGCUCGGAAGACCACAACAUCUACCUGUGGAAUCUGCAGACCAAGGAAAUCGUACAGAAGUUGGAGGGACACACAGAUGUGGUGUUGGGAAUCGACUGCCAUCCGACGCAAAACAUCAUCGCUUCGGCCGGUCUCGAGAACGACAAGACCGUCAAGCUGUGGAAGCACUGCGACCCCAAGUCCUCGUCCUCUUGA